AGACAAGGGAGCCUGGGACAGGGUUGUGCGAGUCUCCCAAGAGUAGUUCCGCCGUGCGCAACCCGAGGCUCACUUGUAUUCCCGGCCUGGCUCUUGGCUCUGGCUCUUGGCUCCGGCCAGAUCCAACAUGGCUGCUGACGGGCUGGACGUGAUGGAGAAUGAUAAAUCACAACAGAAAAAGGGUGAAGAGGAAGGAGGGCAGAAGACAGUUGCCCCAGAUAUGCUUAUCAAACAUCCCCUACAGAACACCUGGACCCUCUGGUUCUUCAAAAUUGAAAGCAAUCGCAGUUGGGAAGAUUGCCAAGUUGAGAUUGCUAGCUUCAACACAGUUGAGGAUUUCUGGGCGUUGUACAACCACAUUGAACCAGCUUCGCGAUUGAAAGUAGGUUGUGAUUAUUCAAUGUUCAAGCAAGGGAUUAAACCCAUGUGGGAAGAUGAACACAACUGCCGAGGAGGUCGAUGGCUUAUUAAUCUCAACAAGCAACAAAGAUCCACUGAACUUGACAACUUUUGGAUGGAGGUGCUGCUGCUAAUGAUUGGAGAAUCUUUUGAAGAGCAUAGUGAUGAAGUGUGUGGAGCUGUUGUUAAUGUGAGAGGCAAGGGCGACAAGAUUGGUGUGUGGACAGCUGAUGCAAAAAAGAAUGAUAGCAUCCUUAAAAUUGGCGAGAAAUGUAAAUCCCAGUUGAAGGUCUACAAUCAUGUAGCUCUUCACUACCAAGCUCAUUCUGCCGCCCAGCAGAAAACAGGCUCAGCAAUAAGAUGCCUCUUCACAAUUUAAGAUCUUUACAUGUGACCAAAGUGCUUUACCUAAUAGGAUUUUUAUUUAUUAUAUCUUCUCUGGUGUAAUAGAAUCUGAUGAGAAAUUUAAGUAUUGACUUACAUUACUGCUCAAAUAUAUUUGUUUUACUUAAAAUCAUAAGCCUUUUAAAACUUCCUUUGCGUGGGGAGUUUUUUCAUGAUUUAGUAAGGAGACUAUGUGAGAUUAUUUUCUUAGAUGGCAUAUCCUCUGAAUAGUGGAUUUAUUUUAUUUUAUUUUAUUUCAUUUAAUUUAAUUUUUGUAUUCACUUUUUUCUAAUUUUAUUUUAUUUAUUUAUUUAUUUAUUUAUUUUUCUUUUUUUCUUUCCCCCCCCCCCCCCUCUCCUCUCUCUAUGAAGUUGAUGUUUUUGUUCAAGAGGUCCUUCUUUUUGUACACAUUCAAAACUUUUUCAAAAGAUAUUGCAGCAGCACAGACAAGGUGAAAGGUAUUUCCAAUAAAUGCAGUAUAGGAAAUAGGUGUCGUGUAUUUCAUUAUUUUUAUUUAUUUUAUUUUUCCCUUGUUUUCUUUUGCUUAUAUUUUUUUGUUUCCCUUUUCUCCUCCAACAUUUAUUAAUGUUUUCAAGUGUAGAAGUAUUUGGUUUCAUUCAAGCCAUUUCAAUGUGAAAGUGAAUGCAGCGUCUUAGUGAAGAUAAGUGAUCUUGUUUUAUUAAUCUAUCUUUUAUUUUAAUAUUUAGUUACAAUGUUGAGUUUCUCAAUUUGUAGAUUAAUAAUGAAAUUACUUAAUAGAUUUUCAUCUGUAUGUGAACUUGCAUUUUUGGAAGACUGAAGAAAAUUGUAUGAUUAAUAAAUUUAUUUGUACUUCUUCAAUUCAGUUGUUUGGAAGGCUACCUAAAAUAAAUUCCAAUUGAAUAAUCUAGUUAUAUGUAAAUGCUCCUAGAUGAUUUUUCCCUGUAUUCUCUUCAAAAUGUAUGUUUAAAGGUUUAUAGGAUUAAAUGAAAAGUAUCAACCUGUUGAAUAUGAAUAAUAGUUAGUGUGAAGUGAAAUUUUUUUUUUUUUUUUUUUUUAACUUGAAUAAGGUGUGCAUAGUAUUACUUUGAUUUAGGACUUUUAAGUGCCAAAAUGCAGUAUAGGUAAGAGACUAAGAACUUGAGGAUUCAAAACAAAUUCUUGGAGGGAAGCAUGUAUAUUUAAGGAUUUUAAAGGUAAGAUAUCUAUAAAUUCUUUGUUUACAUCAUGUUUAACCAGUGUAAAGGCAUGGUCACACUGAGAAAAUGUAGAAAAAUUGUGUAUAUCUUGACACCACACAAGUCUGAACUUUCCUAGUUCACCCUACCCACAUGGUGAGAGUACUACAGAAUAGUGGUGUGCAGUCUACCAAAACUUCUUUGCUGCAGGCAGUAAGCACCACCUGACUGUUGCCAUAUAUUAUUUAUUUAAGUGAUAGAAGCAAUAAAAAAGAGAGAGAAAAAAAAUGUUUUGCAUUAAUGUUGUGCAUAUUUUUGUAUAAAAUAUUUGGGGAUCCUCCCCUUCUCCCCCUCCCCAGACAAAAAAGGGAAAGGAAAAGAAUAUCAUAGUUACUAUAAGGAUUAUAGUUCUUGUAAUAUCAUAGAUGAAAAGGAAAUAGGUAAACUUUGCAUUAAAAGUAAUAAUAAUAAAAAAAGGUAAAUAAUUGAAAAUAUUGAAUACUUGAAAAUAUUCAGUACUGUUAUGUUUCUUGUUGCUGAUUGAUAUUAGCCAAAAGAUAAAUGGAAUCAAAAUUCAAAAGUCCCCAGCAUAUUUAUGGGCCCAAUUUGAUUGUAUGUCCUAAUCUGGGUUCAGUGAGAGCCUGUCGAGUUAUUCAUGCAUUGUUUAUAAUGGUGGUUCCAAGAAAAAUGAGAUUCAAAAAUGUCAGGAUUGUCAAAUUUUCUAUUUGUUAGUUUUAUAUAAUGUUUAGAAUAUAUAUAUUUUAAAAAUCCAUUCUUAUGUGUACUGUAUUUUAAUUGCAUAAUAGAUGGGAUAUUGCUUGCAAAAACUUGACAGAUCCAUAGAUUUCAAAAAAAAAAAAAAAAAAAAAAAAAAAAAAAAAAAAACACCUUUUAGUAAUGUUCAACCUUUGACUUUACCCUAAUCAUUAACUCAUUCCUAACCCUUUUUGCUACUCUAAUUUACCAUAGUGCCAUAUGACCUUUGAUGUCAUUUAGCAUUUCCUUAUCUGAAGGUGUUGCUCCCAAGCCUCAUGCUACUGCUAUAUUUUGAAUACGCCACUAGUGAUCUUAGGUGUUGAUGCGACAUACAAUUUUCAAUAAAUAUAUAAAUAUAUGGCAUAUGCAUUAAAGAUGCAUAUUUUGGGGAUAUACCCAAAUGAGGGGGAAGGUUUCUCCAGAAAUGAAAAAUUAAGUGUCCCACACAAUUAAAGCAUGAACUUUAAUAAAGGCAAACAAAAUGAGAAGUUUAGGAAACAUAUGCUUAAUUGAUUUAAAAAUAUGUAGUUUUUACAAUAUAAAUAUUUUAAAAUUAUUUACAAAGGAUUCAGAAAAGUUUCCAUUAUAUGCAUGCUUCAUUAUUGCAUCCAAAUAUGAAAUUAGUUAAAUUUAUAUCAAGUUGGUAUCCACGAGGAGUUGUGUAGGUAUAUCAUAUGUACUUAUUGCAAGUACCUUCCUUCACCAUUUGGACAUCCCCAUGUGUAUGUUGAUACAUAAACAUUAUAAAAAAUACAAAUGAGGGGUAAAAUAUCUGGUAAAAUCUAGCAAGAAUGGGUCUGCAUUAGUGUGUGCACUGUUCUGUGGCUGGUCAAUUAUCCAUCUCAUGGUCAGGUGCUCAACGAGUGAUACCAGUUACUAGAACAUGGAUGUGUGACGUAGUUGGUGGCACCCACUAUCCGAGAUUUUUCACCAUAGCAUAAAAAGACAUCACCCAUUGUCAGUGGCUAAUGAGAGUUAAUUUUAUAUUGCAGACCCUAAUAUUUCAUGGGCAAUUCUUCAGAUGUACAGGUAUCCCCCCCUUCCCCCCCAUUGGAGAAUAUUGAAUACAUACACACUGCAGAAUUACAUCUUUAGAAAUAUAAUGUAUUACAUAUUUGAUUUACAGUGUCCAUAAUAUUUUAGUCAUAUGGAAGUUAGUAUACCAUAUAGAAAUGUAAGAGUUCAGUCAGGCAAAGGAAGACAAGUAUAUUGAAGCAGCAGUAGAAGUUAGGUUAGGUGUACAUCACAAUAGAUUAGAAUAUCUUAUAAAAAGUGAUACUGUCAUGACUGUAGGCCAGUUCAGAUUUAAUGGUAAAAUAGUAGAUAUAAUAGUAAGUCGGAAAUAAUUUGUGAUUAAAAUGCAAAACUGAUUAUUGUAAAGUUAUUUCCGUUAAGAAUGCAAUUGCAAUUAUUUAACAUUUUUCGUGUUGAAGAUGCUGUUGUGAUUGCUAUUUUCCUCUAAAUGAAUAAGCUGCAAUAUUCAUGACAAUGUGGGUACAUAUCGCAGAUUUGUUGUCAGCAUGAUGCUCGUGUGACCUUGGCUGAAGUGGACUUUUCUAUAAGCAUUCUUUUUCCUCUCAUUAUCUAUUUAUCUCUGCCAUUAAUAUACACUUAUAUGUUUGAGUGUUUAUACAUGUCUUUUCCAGAAAAUGAACAUUGGUUGUUUCCAGUUUUCUAACUUGUUCAGUCAUAUAAUAAAUUUGGGAUUGGGCAUUUAUGUAUCUUAACUUUUAUAUGGUGUUAUUGAUUAGAAUAUAAUUGUAGGAGUAAAUCAAAAAUGUAGAUUGUAUGUAUGGCUUUUUUAAUGUAGACUAAUUUUUUCUUUUUAUGUUUUGCAGUCAAGUCUUGAAGGUUCGUCUAAACAUCCCCAGG